AUGGAGGCCCAAAUUUCUACAUAUGAUCUCAUAACAGCUAUGUUUCCCUCUCCGGGCGAGCUAGAAAUCCCUGAAUCCACACUCCAGUGCGUUGAGAGAGUCCGGGAUUGGUGUCAGGACCCAAGUUCUAUAUCGAUAGAUGCUAUUCCUCCAAGCAUAUCUCUCGCUGUACUGCUCCCAAUUGAAGAUGGAAAAAGAACAGUUCAUUUGAACAUUUCUGUGCCAUUACAAUGCGAAGAUCCGACAAUUGACCAGCCGCCAUCUUUAGGCUUUUUGCUUCGACAACCAGACUGGAUGUCUAAAGCCGAGGUAGCUAAGCUUUCUGCUUUAAUUCCUCAAGACGACGCUCUAGAAGCAUUUGAGUAUAUCCAAUCAGAAGUCGGUCGCUUUCUUGAAAACAGGCAAUCUCUAACAGCAGCUUCGGAAGAGACCGAUCUACGUCCGACUGUGAGAGUCUGGUUCUAUUUCCCGUCGCUAUCAACCCGUAAGAAGAGGGACGAUAUGGUGAAUCUCGCACCGGGCUACUUUUUAACCGGAUUUGUUCUGGCGGGUAAGCCAGGAGUAUUAUGUCUUGAGGGUGCGUCGGAGGAGAUUGAUGCCUAUAUGAGCUUCAUCAAGACCAAUUCAUGGGGAGACAUUCCCAGCUAUCAGAAAAAAGUCAGCGAAAGAUUCCGUGAAGAGGACAUUCAAAGAGUGUUCACGGGGAUGGAGGAGAUUACCGACUCGCUAGGCGAACGCGGUGGACAGCGGGCCAACCGGGGUGACAUGCAGGCAUUAGAGGCUUGGUUAGGGUCCAAAGGUCUACAAGAGGCAUUCGAAAAGGUGAUAUUUUGA